UGGCCUAUAAUAAAAAAUAUAUUCUUCUAAUCGCAUACAACUGAAUUUUGUGACUUCAAAUGUAUUUAAUCAUUUCUAGAAUUGAUCCGACUUGUUUCGCCAAGUUACGCGAUAUGACUGGGAGUUGCGAUUACAAAAUUAUGUAAUAGAGUCGUGCGAUAACGCUGGUUUGCUUAUUUGCAUCAUUUGCGAGAACACACGACCCUCACGACGAAUCACUAUUGCUAGUUCGCUAUCGUGAUAUUCGUGGCGCAUAAAUUGGAGGGAUUGCACUCGUUGCACUCACACAUGAGUCAGCUAUUGAGUCGUGUUUCCGUCAACGGACGCCCAUCGACGUUCAGUUGUUUUGUACGAAGAUUUCACAUAUCAUCACAAAAAAUGGUUAUUGCUGUUGGAGACAAAUUACCCAGCGUGGAUCUUUUUGAGAACACGCCAGCAGACAAGGUAAACCUAGCAGAAGCUGCAGCUAAGAAGAAAAUCAUAGUGUUUGGUGUGCCAGGUGCAUUUACUCCUGGUUGCUCAAAAACUCAUUUGCCUGGUUACGUUGUAAAGGCGGAGGAAUUAAAAUCCAAAGGAAUUUCCGAGAUAUUUUGUAUCAGUGUUAAUGAUCCAUUUGUUAUGGCAGCCUGGGGAAAAGAACAUGGUGCAACAGGAAAAGUACGAAUGCUAGCUGACCCUAAAGCAGAGUUUACAGAUGCCAUGGAUCUUGCUGUGGAUUUGUCAGUCUUAGGAGGCAAACGCAGCAAACGUUAUUCUAUGGUGAUUGAAAAUGGAAUUGUAAAGGAGAUUAAUGUUGAACCAGAUAACACUGGUCUAUCUUGCUCUCUAGCGGAUCGUAUUAAAGUCUAAAGCAGUUUAAAACACUAUUUUAAUCAUCAACUUUAGAAUGUGUAGACAGAGUUUUUUACAAGAGGAAACUGAGAUUAGCAUUAAGGAGAAAACUGCAAGUACUUCGGCUAUCUUAGCAAUAUUUUUUAACGUUCUUCACAUAUAGACAUAGAAGUCUAUGUCUUUGCGACACAUUGACAUAAAAACAGGGUGCUUUCUAUUUAAUGUCUCAAGUCGACACAAACAUUCUAUCUUUCUUGACAUUCCAGUGAGUAACAAAGAUAGAACAACGUGUCGAUUUGUGUCAAAUGGAAAGCAUCCCAAUUGAGACCCGAAUGAUUCAGAAUCAAACCAACUGAGCCGAUAUGUCUGUAGUUUUUCCUUUUCGCUAAUUAUAAGUGCUUUCCAUUUAGUGACACAAGUCGACACAACUAUCGUUCUGUCUCUAUUAUUCAUGGAAUGGGAAAAAAAUAGAACAUUUGGAUCAACUUGUAUCAUUAAAUAGAAAGCAUCCCUUAAUACCCUCUUGCCCUAACUGACACUAUGUGCUUCAUAUAUAUGUAUUCUAAAGCUGUUGAUUUUAACAUUUUCCGUUUUCAUAUUAUGUUUUUCAACGUGUGUACUGUUAACAUGUAGCAGUUAUUCCUCGAUUUUAGCGAUUUCGCUUUUAAAAUGAAGAAACUCUUGUG